AUGCGAUCAUCAACAUCAAUUUUUUUUUUCGCCUUCUUGAGUUGUUUACAAAAACUUUCAAGCUUAGAGCCUGACAGUUCAGAUUAUUCAGCAACACAAACGAGACCAUUCCUUGUGCCAGCUUUUGAAUCCGGAUACGCACAAGUUGAGGGUCAAAUUAAUAAAAUAGAAGCUCUUAUUGAUCGUGUUACGAAUCCUAUGGAUUGCACAACAUCAACAGAGUCAGCUGAAUUAUCAUCAUCUGAUUCUAAUUCUAUAGAUGAAUCUACUGAGACAUCAUCAUCUGAUUCAAAUUCCAUAGAUGAAUCUACUGAACUUUCAUCAUCUGAUUCAAAUUCUAUAGAAGAAUCUAUUGAACUAUCAUCGUCUGAUUCAAAUUCUAUAGAAGAAUCUGUUGAAGCAUCAUCAUCUGACUCAAAUUCUAUAGAAGAAUCUACUGAACUAUCAUCGUUUGAUUCAAAUUCUAUAGAAAAAUCUGUUGAAGCAUCAUCAUCUGACUCAAACUCCAUAGAUGAAUCUACUGAACUAUCAUCAUCUGACUCAAAUUCUAUAGAAGAAUCUACUGAACUAUCAUCAUCUGACUCAAAUUCUAUAGAAGAAUCUGUUGAACUAUCAUCGUCUGAUUCAAAUUCUAUAGAUGAAUCUACUGAACUAUCAUCGUCUGAUUCAAAUUCUAUGGAAGAAUCUGUUGAAGCAUCAUCAUCUGACUCAAAUUCUAUAGAAGAAUCUACUGAACUAUCAUCAUCUGAUUCGAAUUCUAUAGAAGAAUCUGCCGAAACAUCAUCGUCUGAUUAUGUAGAACCAUAUUUUUCAUCAAAUGGACCUUGUAUGAUUCACCGCGGCUGUUUAGGAAAGUCAUGCCCAGAUUCGACAGAAGAGUGUCAUUACACUGAAGAAGCAGUCCAACCUGACUGCGAAAUAUUGAAAAAAACUUACACUUGUUUUGACGACAACAAGGUAGUUCUGAAUAAGAUGGAGGACCAGUUUGUGAUUCAUUUAAGAGCUACAAUUUUUUUAAGAAUUGAAAUUGAUUAUUUAGAAUAA